UCUCCUCAUAAAGCAACUUAAAAGUUAAAACCUGUAUACAAAUCAAUCAAAUUCUUCACCCCCAACAUGUGAAUAUGAAUAAGGUUCUAAACUCUUCAGCUUAAGCAAAGAAUCAUUGCUUCCUCUAAUAUCCUUUUUCCUUUCACUAAGCAGAUUAAACUAACAGUAUCUUCUCCUAUACAGUCUUCCUUUUUUCCCGUCAGGAAUCAACAACUCUCAUCUCUGUCAAUAUCAAGAGUUUCAUCCAUGGCUUGCCUCCUCAUGUUCAUUCUGUUAGUACUAUUUCAGGCAAUAAUCCCAGUAGUUCUCAGCCAUGGCAAUGCUCAGACAUGUAGAUCUUAUUGUGGGAACCUAACAGUUGACUACCCUUUUGCAACUCAAUCAGGUUGUGGCCAUCCAGGCUUCCGCGACCUCUUAUUCUGCAUCAAUGAUGUACUUAUGUUUCACAUCAGCUCAGGAUCAUAUCGCGUUUUAGACAUCGAUUAUGCUUACCAAUCUCUCACAUUACACGAUCCUCACAUGUCGACCUGUGACUCAAUCGUGCUAGGAGGCCGAGGCAACGGCUUUGUAGUCGAGCAGUGGCGAUCCCCAUUCUUAAAUCCUACUACAGAUAAUGUGUUCUUGCUGAUAGAAUGCUCACCCGAGUCACCAUUGUUUGAAGGUUUUCCAGGGAAGCACUUGCCAUGUGGAAAUGUUUCAGGGAUGGGAUGUGAGGAGUAUUAUAGCUGUCCUGCCUGGGACAUAAUCGGGCCUAAACGGGUUGGCCCGGUGUAUGGAUCGGGUCCUCCCGAGUGUUGUGCAGUGUCAUUUGAGGCUAUUAAAGCUGUGAAUCUUACAAAACUUGGUUGCCAGGGGUAUAGCAGUGCUUAUAGUCUAGCACCCCUGAGACUUUCAGGGCCUGAUGGAUGGUCCUAUGGGAUCAGAGUGAAGUAUUCUAUACAAGGGAAUGAAGCCUUCUGCAAAGCAUGUGAGGCCACAGGUGGGACUUGUGGAUUUGACAUUGAUGGCAAUAGUGAUUUGUGCAUGUGUGGAAGCUGGAAUUCCACCUCAAAUUGUGAUUCAGUCCACUCAACAUCCAACAGAAUAAGAUGGACUUUCAUGGAUGCAUUAGCAGGCCUCUUGAUGACUGAGAUUAUUUGGAGAAAUCUCCCCAGCCUUCAGUAAGAGAGAUUAAAAAAAAAAAAAAACUUUUUGGGCAAGAAAUGCUGAGUAUAAUUAUGCCUUCUAGUGUAAUAGUAACCAAAAAAAAAAAAAAAAGGAAAUUUUGUUUUUACUUGUGAUAUGCCAGCAUCCCCAUUUUCACAGCUCAGUG